AUGUCGGAAUCAGGGCCUUCGCAACGGCGACCUUCCGUCAAUGCUGCGGAGGGCCUUGCCAGCGACGAGGAUGCUGCCGUGCUGGCAAAGCUUGGUUACAAGCAGGAGUUACGCCGCAACUUCACCAUGAUCGAAGUCUUCGGCAUCGCGUUCUCAAUCAUGGGCCUCCUACCCUCAAUCGCCAGCACACUGGCCUACAGCAUCCCGGCCGGACCUGUAGGCAUGGUCUGGGGCUGGUUCGCAGCAAGCGCCUUCAUCUUCGUCGUCGGCCUCGCAAUGGCCGACCUAGGCUCCGCAAUGCCUACAUCCGGGGGCCUAUACUGGUGGACGCACUUCUUCGCAUCACCAAAGACACGUAACCCGCUCAGCUUCCUCGUCGGGUACAGCAACACGCUCGGCCUCGUCGGCGGGCUCUGCUCGAUCGACUACGGCUUCUCGCUGAUGUUCCUGUCUGUGAUCGUCAUCGCGAGAGACGGCGAGUGGGAGCCUAGCAAUGGGGUUAUCUACGCAGUCUUUCUGGGUUGUGUACUGUGCCAUGGAGUGCUGGCGAGCUGUCUGAGCAAGAUCAUGGGGAAACUGCAGACGGUGUUUGUGGUCAUGAACUUUGUGCUCAUCUUCGCGACCAUCAUCGCUUUGCCGAUUGGCAGGGGAUCCCAGAGGAACAGCGCGGCUUUCAUAUUUACCGAGACAGCGAAUCUGACGGCGUGGCCGUCGGGCUGGACUUUCAUGCUCGCCUGGCUCUCCCCCAUCUGGACGAUCGGCGCCUUCGACAGCUGCGUCCACAUGUCCGAAGAAGCCGCCAACGCGACCAAAGCCGUGCCCUACGGGAUCCUCAUGUCGAUCGGGUCCUGCUGGCUCUUCGGCUUCAUCCUCGUAAUCGUCAUCGCCGCCUGCAUGACCCCGGACUACACCUCAAUCAUGGGCUCCGUCUACGGCCAACCCAUGGCGCAGAUCUACUACGACGCGCUCGGUAAGCGCGGCACGCUGGGGAUGAUGAGCCUGCUGUUCAUCGUGCAGUUCCUCAUGGGGCUCAGCAUCACUGUCGCGGCCUCGCGCCAGAGCUGGGCGUUUUCGAGGGACGGCGCGCUGCCGUUUAGUGGCUUCUUUAGGCGCAUUAGUAAGAGGUUUGGGUAUAUACCCCUGCGCGCGAUCUGGGGCUGUGUCUUCCUCGCCGCGGUGUUAGGGCUACUCUCUCUCAUCGACCCAGCCGCAGCACAGGCGCUCUUCUCCCUCGCCGUGGCUGGGAACAACGUCGCGUGGGCCACGCCCAUCCUGUGUCGUGUCGUGUGGGGCCAGCACAAGUUCAAGCCCGGGCCGUUCUACACAGGCCGCUUCAGCGUGCCGAUUGCAUGGCUGGCCGUCGCGUUUUUGGCGUUUGGGAUCGUGCUGUGCAUGUUUCCUGUAGGCGGACCGAACCCGGAUGCCCAGACGAUGAACUAUACGGUUGUUAUCAAUAGCGCGGUGUGGGGCGGCGCGCUGUUGUAUUAUUUUGUGGAUGCGAGGAAGUGGUUCCAGGGGCCGAAGAUUACGCUUGCGGAGGGGGAUCUGACGGAGCAUCAGGAGGAGAUACUGAAGGAGGAGGGACUUGAUGUAAAGAUUGAUGGGAUUGCGCCGAUUGUGAGCAGGGACGAAGAAAAUAAUGCAGAUGGGAAGAAAGUCAAGUCGGGGCACUUCAAUCCUCAAUAA